CACGAUCACCAGCAGCAGUCAAAGCAGCAAUAUCAUCACCGGCACAAUGAAUCCGAUUUCCAAAUCAAUCGCAUUUUUUUGUGUUCUAGCCACGGCGAGCGCCUUCAAUUGCAUCGAUCAGGACAACAAUCCCGUCGAUUGGUUUAUAGUGUAUAAGAUACCGCAGAUAGAUCACACCGAUGAACUGAUAAACGACGGAUUAGGCUACAUUUACAUGACAUCGCAAAACACCAGCUGGAUACCUUCUGAUGUAUCGAUAAACAGCAAUGAAUCCAUGCUAGCGCUCACGUUAUCUGGAUUAAACUCGUCGAAUUAUGUGCUUUAUAACAACGAGCCUCCUCAAGAAAAAGCCAGCAUGUUAAAGGGCCACACCAAAGGAGUCGUUUCGUUCGAUUCGGAAGAAGGAUUUUGGUUAGUACACACUGUACCAGAAUACCCAACUUUGAAUUCAUCGGAAAUACCAAAGAAUGCCACCAAAUUAGGCCAGAUGUUCGUUUGCUUGUCGUUGGAAUUGGCCACGUUCGACGACAUCGGCUACCAACUGUACUACAUCCAACCGAGGGUCUACGCGCACUACGUGGACCCGAAGCUGCAGAAGAAGGUGCCCCAAUUGGUGAAAGCCGCCAGGAACAUGGUGAUCAACCGGGGCACUUUCGUUUCCAAAAAAUUGAUAUCCACCAAAAACAACGAAACCUUCAUAUCGUUCGGGAAAUUCCGAAGGGCCGGCAAGGAAUUGUACUCGGACGUUCUGGCCACCAUGCUCAAGUCCAACUUGUUGGUGGAGAGCUGGCCGGGAUCGGGCAAACGAUUGGAAUCCCAAUGCAACAAGAAAUUAUUCGUCGAAAAUAUCGAGAAUAUUCGGAUGAAUGAGAGCGGUUCGCAAUUCAUGACGUCGAUGGAUCUGUCGAAUUGGGCGAUAACGAAUUCGAAUUCCAGCAUCGUGUGUCUCGGAGAUCUCCAGCAAACGCGCGCGCACAUCCACAGGAGCGGCGGCGCGAUUUGCCUGAAGAACAAGGACGUUUACGAGAAUUUCCAAAAUUUGAUUUUGGACUCGACCGUUUGCGAGAAGGUUCAGCCUGUUCAGCACAAGAUUAAACCGCCGAAGCCGUCCAACAAGCAGCAAAAUAUAAAUUAAUUUUUUUAGAUGUGGAUAAAUUCGUUCUGUAUUAUUUAAAUUGUUA